AGCAUGGUGUUGUUUAUAGAAAAAACUAGGUUUUCGAUCAGCAGACAGUCUGUCGUCUCAAACUGAGCCGCUCAGUCGUUGUGCGGCAUUGCAACGAGAGAGUCGUUAAUAUCAACUCGAUAUCGUUUUCGCGAUUUUCGCACACAAUCCGUGUAUUUGAUUUUGUUCAGUUUUUUAUAAAUGUCAAAAAGUGAAAAAAUAGAUUUGCAUUUGUUUGGAGAUCUUGAAAGCGCAUAACAAAGUUGUUAUCAAACUUAAACAAGCAAUUACCAACGUCUUUAAGACAAACACUAACGAUCAAUAUAAAUAUAUAUGUAUUUAUGUACAUAAACAAAUGUACUUUGAUUAGUGAUGUUCUCCCAGCUUCAAGCAAUUCAUGAAACUGUGUAGGCGAGUUAUGUUAGAUAAAUUGCUGACAUUGCCCACAGCGUAUCUCGCCGAACGAUCGCCGCAGGUGUUCUCAAGCAGAUAUUAAAAUAUAAUAUAUAGAAUAUAUUAAAGUAAAAAAGAGAGCGAACAAACAAUUUGUGGGAAGAUCAGAUCAGUUCAGAUUGCGGGGAAUCAAAUCUGUUUCGACAACAAAUCUGUGUAGAAUAAUUAUUCGCUUACUCGCUCACGCUCUGUACUUAAUUUCUUAUUAUCAAUUAUUGCAAUUAAAAAAUGUUUUCAACGCAUAAGCUUUGUCUGGUAUUAAAAUUGUAUUUUUGCGCGCAUAUUGUUUUGAUAACUUUAUCACCGAUAUUCGCUGCUGAAAUUGAGGGCAAUGCAUGUGAAAUCAAACAAGGAGUUUUUGGCAAAUGCACAUUACCACGGGAUUGUCCAGAUAUUGCAAAACAAAUGCAAAACCUCGGACUUACGAAAGCUGAUGUGAAACGAUGUGGUUUUACGAUUUAUGAAGAAAUCAUCUGCUGUCCCAUUAUAAACGAAAGAAAUUUUCUGGGAAUUUUUAAUACCACAGACGAUUUCUUAGAAAGUGACAAAAACUCAAAUGGCGACAAACAGACACGUGGUGACUUCGGCGGCGUGCAGGAGCGAAAAGCAAAAAAAGCUUGCCGCUUACUAGAUGACUUCGCCGAGCCAUACACUGUGCCACAUAUAUUAGGCGGAUCGCCGGUGGCCCCUGGCGAAUAUCCACAUAUGGCUGCCAUCGGCUAUGCCCCAAUCAAUCCGCAAAACUCACCUUAUGAGUUUCGAUGCGGCGGCGCACUAAUCGACAAACGUUUUGUGCUCACGGCGGCGCAUUGUGUUAAUCGACCGGAUAGCAAACCGAUUAUUGUACGCUUGGGGUUAACGGAUUUCAAUGAUCCCGAUCAAAUAAAAAAUGCUGUCGAUGUGCCCAUCGAGGCUCUUUACCCCCACAUGAAUUACCGGAAUUUGGAAAAGUAUGAUGAUAUUGCCAUAAUAGAGCUGAAAAAUGAUGUUGAAUACUCUUCUCUAGUAUUUCCAGUUUGCCUACAUACAGAUCUGGCUGAUCCGCCACCCACAGCGACGCUCAACGUAACCGGUUGGGGCAUAACGGAAUUAAAAACACGUCGAAAAUCGAAUGUACUUCUAAAGGCGAGUGUCAAGACUAUUUCCUUAGAUAAUUGCACUAAGGCUUAUGUGCGCGGCGGCGUCUUACCAAGUCGCGGUAUUUUACCCACACAAAUUUGCGCCAGCGAUCCGAAUUUUAUUAGCGACGCCUGUUGGGGUGAUUCUGGUGGCCCGCUGAAUCUCAUCAUUGAUGAAAGGUUUCGAAAGAUGCAAGUGAUUGGAGUUGUGUCAGCCGGUGAUGGCUGCGCCAGCGUCACCCCCAGCCUUUACACAAGGGUUGCGGCAUAUCUGGACUUUAUUGAAGAUAUCGUAUGGAAGAAUCUGUAAACACUCCCCAGGAAUAUUUGUACAUAAAAUAUUUGUUCAAGCGCAAAUAAAUUGUAUAUCUUUGAAACUCAAA